GCCCCUUAAGUGUGUUCUGUGGUUCUGUGGGGAUGACAGAUGGUAAUUCCGCUGCAUUUAAAUCUAAGAAGUGCUCGGCUGCGUCUUAUUUGGAUUACAAAGAAGAAAUGGCCUCGCAUGGCUCGUGUGUGUGAACGGUUGAAAUGCCAUUCGAUUCAAAACUUUGGCCGCGAAAAUCAGAACCAUUGAUUGGUUCGCGGGCGCGGGGCGCGGGCGCGGUAGGUCGCGGCUGGAACAGACGCUUCACAUCGACGACCUGCGUUUGUUUGUGUGUUACGAAACGCGACCUGUACAACAAGAGUCCUCAAGUACUAAAUGAAAACACGGUUGCGCUUAAGUAAAGCGAAUGUAUUGUCAAUAUGGUGCGAUCAAAAUUUCCUGGAAAGCCAUCCAAGAUUGUGAAUCGCAAAGUGGUGAAGUCAAAGAAGUACUGUGCUCUGCACGAUAAUGAAUCCAGCAAAGCUGCUGAAAACAUUUCAUAUGGCCUCGCAGUUUUCAAUGAAACAUUUGGAGACCAUGAGCAGGUCUCGACAGCUUUUCAUGGAUUUAGUCCACAUGAAGUUGAAGAAGCUGAGGCUAUUGCCUUCAAUCAACAACUGAAAGUUGAGCAGGAAUAUUCAAGCAAUGGAUUAAAUUUCUCACCUGAUGAUGCUUGCCCUGUUAAAAUUGAUCUACCGACUCCACAACUAUUAUCACUUGUGAAAUCUAAUUUGUCUCUUAUUGGUCCGGUCGGUUUCCACUCAACACGUGCUCAACGCUUAAGCCUUCAGCUUAAGAAUGUGGGGGCAGGUGUAUCUAAAUCCUUCUCACCGUCGAAGCUCUUCAGUCCUCGUCAAAGUAACUUUAAAAAGCAUGUCGCUAAUCGUAUUCUUCAAAAGGCUAAGAAAACAACGUUUGAAUCGUCACCCUGUGGCAGAUUGACAAACUCCCAGUUUGACAAAAAUGGUGCGCUCAACAGAAAAUUUGUCCUUCCUAGCAGAAGCAUGCGCUCUUCGCGAGUUAUCAAACCUAACAAAAGGUUUUUGGAAUCAGAGGAAAAGGAAAAGGAAAAGGAAAAGGAUUUGUUAUUAACAGACAACCAAGCUCAACCAUCACAUACUAGAGUCAUUGAGUUGAAAAAGCCCCGACUCAUUCUGGAUGCCAAUAAUGAAGUUUUAGCUCUCAGAUCUGUUGGUGAUAAAGUGAAUUCUACAGAUGCUAUAUUUGUCCUCACUUCUCCAUCAUGCAGUGGUGUUAAUGGGAACAAAGAGCAUGUAAAACUGGGAGAGCUAAAUGUAUUUGGUGCUCCUACAACCCGACCGAAACGGAGAAUAUCUCAAUCAACAAGUUGUGAUGGAAGUCCAAAGAAAGAGCCAUCCAGUGCUUCCUCACCACCAUCAAAAGUUGGUCCUACAUCAGAUCCCCCAUCGCCAUCAAGAUCAAAACUCAUUCUGAGGGAAUCGAAACUAAACAUCAGUCCAACAAGAGACAAACAAAAUGAAAAGCUAUUGUCUAAAAAAACUAAGAAAAGUCUCAACAUCAAAGUUUUGAAGUCUCCUGGGACAUCUAUUGAAUGCAGUGUGUGUGGUGCUGUUCGUUUCCACCGGCUUACCAAACAGUCUUUUAAGUUUGGGUUAAUAUGUUGUGAUCCUUGCCGUAAAUUUAUUACAAAAAUGAUGUUAAGGUCUAGAUCAGCAGAAAGCAGUGUUCCAUGCGAGAUUGGUCAAGGUAAUUGUGCUGUAUCUUCACCAUACAAAGGUGAAAGUUUUGCUACCAAAGUAAAUCGCUGCUCAGCCUGCUGGUUGCUCUUGUGUGUCCAACGACUCGUGAAUAUGCCUGAAAAGGUCCGUGAUAGUCUUAUCCGGAUGCUACCAGCCAAUAUGCAGGGUAUGACUGUUGUUCUUCUGCCCAUGACGAAUGUCAGUCAUGUGUCUAAUGCCCGAAACAGGCGAAGAAAAGGACAGAGCAUACGGGAAUCAGAAGGAGAAACUUCAUCCUCACCAACACAGAAUAUGAAAUCUAAACCAGCUUGUGGUCAGGGCACACCAAAUUCUGCUAAGAAGUUGUCAACUUCAUCAUCCAGUAAAAGAGUUCCUCAAACUCCCAUUGCCAGGAUUAAAAGAAAAGCUGCUUUGGUAUCUCUGGCAAAUAACUUGAGACGAGUCAGGGAGAAAACCUUCAAUUCGGUCAAUCCUCAAACGUCUUUGAAGAUUAAUCUUCCCUCUGGAGACGCAAUUACAAAGCAAUCAAAGAUCAAAAAAGUAAACCUUUCUCGAAAAUCAGUGCAUAGUACUAAAUGUCCUGAGAAACCUAUCAGGGGUGCCAGCAAAAAUUUGGAGAAAAAUAAGGAUGGACAAGUCAGACAAAAGCUCAGUCUGAAAGGUCCAAGAGUCAAACAUGUUUGUCGCAGUGCUUCCAUUGUGCUUGGUCAACCUCUUGCUACAUUUCCUAUGAAAUCUCCUAAUUCUGCAACUCUCGAAUCUGAUGGUACAGAUGUGCUUGCUGUUAAUCCUGAGGUGCAUGUACAGAGAAAUGAUGAUGACUUGUGUGGAAAUAUACUGAAUGAGCAAUACAAAGUUCCCACUGUUGCUGAUGGAAGGAAGCAAAAGCAUGCAGUGACCAAGCCUCUAUCAGAACCUGUUGCUGCAUUAUCCUUCGCCCCAGGACAGAGUACCAAAAUACUUCCAAAGUCGUUCCCUGAUCUUCCAGCUUCAAUUUUACCUGGAAGAAAGAUUACAAAGCAUCCAUAUAUCCCUAAUCAAAACAAAAUUAUUAAGAAGGGACAAAGAAGGACUCUACAAGAUUUAGGAGUAUGCAAUACUCCUUCGAACAUUCCGCUUGAAUUGGUAUCUUUAGAUUUCUGGGAAAGCUACGAUCCAGAUGAAGUUUGCAAUUCGGGCUUCAGUCUCUUGGGAUUUGGCCCUCUUGUUUCAAAGCCCAUCUGUUUUCUCUGUGGCAGUGCAGGGAAAAAGAAGCUCAUUCAUUGCGCUUCUUGCUGUGAGCCAUACCACAAAUUUUGUGUUGAAAUGGGUGUUGGUGGUUGGGUUGGUCCUGCUGCCACUCAGUCAAAUGCUGAAGAAUGGCGUAUCGAUUGGGUUUGUCCUCGGUGCACUGUGUGCCAUGGCUGUGGGCAUAACACAGGUCACCAAUUGACAGUCUGCCAAAGAUGCCAUCAUUCCUACCACUUCGAGUGCCUUGGAACCUCCUCUUUACGUAAAAGUGCUGGAGACCGUUUGUGGAUUUGUUCAUCAUGUUUGCGAUGCAAGAGCUGUAAUAGUUCUGAUGUCACAAAAUUUGUUGGAAAUCUACCAUUUUGCAAAAUUUGUUUCAAACUGAGACAGAAGGGCAACUUCUGUCCUCUCUGUCAAGGUUGUUACACAGAUGAUGACUAUUCUUCUAAGAUGAUGGAGUGUGCUGAUUGCAAACAGUGGGUUCAUGCAAAGUGUGAAGGGCUGUCUGAUGAAAAGUAUCAAGUGCUAAGUUAUCUACCGGAAUCUGUCGAGUUCAUUUGCAGGUUGUGUUGCUCUUUUCCACCUGCUCCAUGGUGGGUGGCUGUAGAAUCUGAAAUUCAAGCUGGCUACAGUAAUAUUAUCAAAGCAAUCACUAAAAACAGGAGAGCGUAUGCUAUGUUAAAAUGGAGCCCUCAAAAGACUUGUGAUUGUCCGCAGCAAUCACCUUUUACAGUUCCCAGAAGUGUUGUGGUUCCCAACAUUGGAAAACGGAGACUAUCUUUUAAUAUGCAGUCCAAUGCGGAAUGUAAUGUGGGAUUGUCUAGUGUUUCACAGUCUGAUCAAAAGCAAAUAUUGGGUGACUUUAUGCUGACCAAAGAGUGCCCAUCUGUGUUUGAGUUUGAUGAUGUUAUUGAUGCUGGUGAAAACACUCCUAUCGCAAGAUUUACUCAUGCCAAAGAAAAGGGGAAAAGUGCAUCUGAAGGAAACAAAAUUGCUGUCUGUAGCAGUGAUCCAUUGCAAAAACCUGGUCAGAGUGUCCAGUAUUCUCCUAAUGCUGGUUCACAGAGUGAUUCUGGUGUAGGGAGCACUGAUGAUGAGUUAAAAACAAGUUCAGCUGCUGAAGAGGAAGAUAUUGAAGAAAGCAAUGCAAUUGGGAGGCCACUGCAUGUAUGUCAAUGUAACAGUCAAAGUUCAAAACAUCCCUUUGCUUCAUUGCUCACUAUUAAGAAGAAAGUUCAUAGCAGUGAAUAUCCAUCAAUUCUCGACUUCCAUCGAGAUAUGGAUCAACUUAUAAAUGAGGCUGAAUCUCAAGAAGUAAAAGAACUCUACCAUCAAACCUUACAGGAAGUUUUUCCGUGGUUUGAUCCUAAAUACCACAGGAUCAAUCGCAACUCAUUCCCCAUGAGUCCAUGCAAACCACAUCAAGGAUCUCUUCUGCAAUACCAGUCCAACAUUUCAUCACCUGAGAAACCCAGCCAAAAUUCAUCAUCUCUUCAAAUAUUAGACAGGCUUUUACCAAAACAUGCAACAAGUGGUCUGGAGGAUGAAUAUUUUUACUAUGACACCAAGCUUGACGAUGAGCGGCUAUGUGGCUUUUGUAAACUUGUUGGUGAUGGUGAAGCUAAUGCUGAGGGAAGACUGCUAUAUUGUGGCCAAAAUGAGUGGGUCCAUGUCAACUGUGCAUUGUGGUCAGCAGAAGUCUUUGAAGAAAUAGAUGGGGCACUUCAAAAUGUCAGUAAUGCUUUAUCAAGAGGACGCAUGAUAAGAUGUUCCUUUUGUGAUAAAAAAGGCGCUAGUGUUGGAUGCUGUGCCAAAAAAUGUGAAGAAACACUCCAUUUUCCCUGUGCUCGUCUUGCGGGGUUUGUGUUCAUGGAAGAUAAGAACGUCUUUUGUCCACUACACAGAAAAGAUGCACCUGGUAAGCCUUUAGCCAGACCCUCUGAUUUUGAUGUCAGUCGUCCAGUUUUUGUAGAGCUGGACCGUAGAAAGAAAAAAUGUAUUGAAAGCAAGUAUGUCAAAAUCAUGAUUGGGUCUCUAUCUGUGCAAAAUCUUGGAACAGUAAUUCCUGAUGUGUCAGACCAGGCAUCAUGCAUUGUUCCAACCGAGUUCUGCUGCACUAGACUGUUUUGGUCUUCUAAAGAACCAUGGCGUGUUGUUCGUUACACAAUUAGAACAACAAUUAGAAUACCAGCCUCCUUAGAGCCUGUUUCUGAUCUUGUUGAACAUAUAACCGUUGAUCAUUCAAAAGAAUCAUACACAUCCGAUCCCAAGCUAAGUUCUAUGAGAAAUGUAGAAGCUAAUUGUGGGACAACCUCUAAUAAACUAUCAAAAAUUUCUUCUUUUCCCUCAAGAAAUAAGGAAACUAAUUGUAUUGGAAAUACCACAGUUGAUAUGAGUACUGACCUCAGAGUUGUUCAGUCUGUUAUGGUUCAUAUUCUUGAUGCAGUUAGCAGUAAAGAGACAGAUGAAGAAGUGUCUGACCCACAGACAUCGGCAGACCUCCUUCCCCCCGAACUUAAGGAUGCAAUAUUUGAAGAUCUGCCACAUGACUUAUUAGAUGGUAUUUCCAUGCAAGACAUUUUUCAAGACAAAUUUUUAAAUUUUGAAGACCUAGGAAAAGAUGAAGUCCAGGAUGAAACAAAUGGUUCAAAAUGUGACAUUGACAAAACAAGACUUAAAUCUUUGAAAGCCUGCAGAGAACUAAAAAGAAGUAAAUCUGAUGUCCUGCCAAGCAAUUCGUCUCAAGUAGAUAGCCGCCUAAACCAACGCUCAUGUAGCCUUGCCUGGAGCUAUAAAUUGGGCACAAGUCUUCGCUUAUCAGUGAAACCAGCCCCUAGUGUUGAUUUGCAUUAUUGUAUAGCAGGACCUGGCGACAAAGGAAAGGAGAAUAAGUCUCUAACCAAUCUGCCGAUAAUGCAGGUAGAUGGAUCUCAUGAUAUUGUGUUGAGCGGUAGUGAAGACUCAGACUCAGAAUUAGGGAACAUGACACAAGGUCUGGAGCAGAAGAGAAUUGGUUGUAGAACGCCAAUGAAUUUCACAUCCAAUUUUGCAGAGGACUCAGCACUGCUGUGUAACAGAAUUGAAUGCUUGAAAAGUAUUGCAUCUGCUACCUUGUCUCAAAAUGUAACUGUCAACAAUGUUUCUGAGGGAUUUCCCAAUGAAGACUUAAGGAAGUACAAGCGCAGGAAAACAAAGAAGAGUUCUUGUGAGAAAAUUUCUUUGAUUCCUCAGUUGGAUGGUGUGAACGAUAUAUCGAGUGACAGUGAACAAGAAGGAGCUUCUAAUAAACCAUCUCCAAGUGAAGAAAAACCUGUGAGAUGCAGUAGAUGUGGUUGCACUUACCGCACUGAGGAAAGUUAUACCCGCCAUUUACCUAGCUGUUCUGGAGAUUUCUCCUUAACAACAAGUGAAAGUGAAGCUGAAAUUACUGAUGAUGAAACAACUGCUGGCUUAAAGGCAACAUCUGCUCCAAGUCCUGACAGUGCCAUAUCUGUAUCCAGUGGCUCUCAGCCAGUAGCACCAUCUAUUUCACCUACAGUUUUGCCUGCAGCUUCUACUCCAUGUGUACUUCCUGACUCACCUGUAGUGCAGCAAAAUGUUCAAAGUACUUCUCAUGGGAUAAGUUCAUCUGCUGCUAAGCCUGUAAUGCCUUCAGUAAGUAAUCUGGUCAAAUCUGGCAACAAAGUGCAGAGAACACCAAAUAUGAAAUCAAAGGCUACCAAAACAUCAUUUCAACAGCAGACCACUGCCAAAAUUCUUAUGAGAGGAAAUCAGUCUGUACUUCAUCAGCAAAUUUAUGAACAUAACAGCCAUCAGCAGGUUCGGCAUCAAGCAAUCCAACCUGCCCUUCCAACUUCCAUGCCUCAUCAGGCCUCGCAAAUAAUUACGAUGUUGGACUACCAACAUUCUCAACCAUCUGGCCCAACUGUACUUGUGCAGUCAGUGCCCUCUCAGUCAAUGGUUCCUGCCUAUUUGGAAGCCUUUCAACAACAUACUGGUCAAAAUCUGCAGUAUUUGACCACAGUUGAUAAUGGUGCAAGUUUUGGUAAAACUCAGUAUUUAACUGCCAUACCUAGUGCUGUUCUCCCAGGGGCAUUUCAACUGCAAGCAAUACCUGAUGGCCAGCUCUGCUUGGAACCCAGUCCUGUUGGCAUACCUACUCUAUCUGGCAUCCAAUUAGCUCCAACUCAACUUGCUCCAACUUCAAUAUCACAAACUCAACCUCAAGUUCUUGGAACAUUACUUCCUAAUUCUAUUUCUUGCAAUGUAGUGGCAACAGACCCUAUUUAUGAAACAAUUCAAAUGUUUCCAGAUCAAUCUGGUGGAGUUCUACUUGCCAGUCAACCAGUGCUGACAUGUAUGGAAACUGUUGUCAGCAACACCUAUAUGUCAAUGUCGUCCAGCCAGUUUGUCUCGUCUGUUCCAGGCAUGCUUCAAGGAAGUAGCACUUAUUCAACAACUACCACCCAGGUUUACCAAUCAAACAAAGUUGAUCCUCCUAUUUUGGAUGUUCCCACUCAGUACCUUGUAGUAAAUACCCACCCAUCAUUACCUGAUACUGCAGUCAGGAAAUUGGAAGUCAUGUCUGUAUCUCAAUCGCAAAUUCAAGAUCAGGCAGCCAUCCAGACUCAAGCUCAGAUUCAGUUACCGUCCAUCAAUUUACCUGUUCCUGUAACUGCUCCUCUCCCACCUCAAACUUUACCAUCUGUUAUUCCCACAUCUGUUGUGACUCCCAUGCCAAGAUCUCAACCUCAGCGAACAUACUCAAAACCUAGCAAAAAUGCAAAGGAUACUGUGGCUGCUGCUUCUGUUUCUGCUGUGAAAAGGCCUAUACCACAGAUGACGUGCUCCUCUAUCAAAGAAGCUAUGAAACUUAUUUCAAAUCAGUCCUCUUUGAAUUGCACUCAGGAGCUUUUGUCAACAACUGACAACCACAACAUUUCAUCGACUAGUGUUGAGAGCAACAUUGUUCUGCAAGAGUCUGUACCGAAGAAUUUUUCUGGUGCUCAGUUGAGCAAUCCAGUUACAACAUUUGGGCCUACAUCAGUGCAAGCAAGUUCAUUAACCACAAAUGUAGCACAAGCUAGAAGUGUAACUUUACCAGAUCCUGUGAAAUCGAAUUUGCCUGCUCCUAGUAGCUCUAAGGUUAUAGCUGUUACUGCCACUUCUGGCCCUAUGAAGUGUCCACCUGUUACUUUUUCAUAUCGUGCGCAUGCAGUUGAGAAAAGCAAAUUGAGGCAAAACUUGUCAUUGGAUUUAUCAGGUUCUACUAACAAGAAAGAUAAUACGUUUCAAGUCCAGACAUCUAAGCCCAACAAUGCCAAGCCAAUUUUGUCUCAUCAGCAAAUUGCUGCCUCAGUACCUGGCCUUAACCCUCCCAGAAAAAUUGUAUGUAGUGGUGAGAAGCAAAACCAGGAAGGCCUCAGUGAUAUGCCUUCGGUGAGUAAGAAGCCCAUUGCUGCAAUUCCUCCCCUAUCUCAAAUAACUGUUGCCUCAAAACCUAAGAAAGUUGUGAUUGAUGAGACAUUGAGCCAGGUCACAUCCAUUUCCUUGGCAACAAGUGUAAGCUCUUCAAAAGCUACUACAAAUCUGAAGCCUGUUCCAACUAGAGUACCAUUGCUCUCAACUUGUUCAAGUUCAGUAACCUCACAACCUUCUAGGUGUAUCCCCUCUCUUCCAUCUCAGAAUCAAGUUGGAAAAAAUGCAUCCUUGAGUCUUAUGACAGCAAGUAUUACAAAUGCAGUCACUAGCACUGCUUCAAGUGCGACAGUUACCAUGAAUUCUCUAAAACCUGUGACAAGCAUCAAGCUGCAGGGCCCAAACGCUAUUGGAUUGAAGCCACUUAAAGAAAUUAAUCAAAUGAAUAUUAAUACAGAAGCCAAAUCUCUCCAACAGAAAAUUCAGGAGAAAGUUAACACAGAUGUCCCACCCACUGUUUUGAAAUCAUCUUGUCUUAAUGUAAAUGACACUCAGAAGAAAACUGAGAUGUUCCAAUCUCAGGCUGAAAUCCCAGCUGUAUUUCAAAAUGGAGACAAUUCUUCAAUCAAGUUAUUGUUCCAAAAGCAGUCUCACAAUGGAUGUUACAAAGUUUCCUCAAGUCCAGGAAAGAAAGAUGGGGAGCUUAUGGCCGUGAAACUUGCUGAUAUCAGCAUCAUCUGCUCUGGAUCAAAAGACAAGAAAGGAGCAAAAGAUGAAUCUGAAAAUGUGAAGCCAGUUGAGAGAAUUUCAAAGAAAAAUCCAUCUGGUCCUGAAAUAGUUUAUGAAAUCCACUGCCAAGAUGGGUUUUCCUAUUCAUCAAAUUCGAUAUCAGAUGCGUGGCAAAAGGUUUUUGGAGCUGUUCAAGAAGCACGAGCGACCCACAAAAUGCCACCAUUAAUCCACAAUCCUUUUAGCUCAAUAGAGUCAGGUCAUAAUGUCAUGGGAUUAGGAAACAAUAGCGUGAAAUACAUUUUGGAGCAGCUUCCAGGUGUUGGAGAUUGCUCUAAGUAUCGUCCAGUCUAUCACAAAUCAAGGCUUCCAGGCUCGGGAUACCAACCAAACAAACGAGAAGAUCAUGAACUGUCUAAAGAAAGCCAAUCAGGCUGUGCUCGAACUGAGCCCUUUCUCUCAGCCAAGAAGUAUGAUAUGUUCAGUUGGCUUGAUUCUCGGCAUCGGCGACCUCCAAAACUUUUGGAAAAUACAGAUAUUGAGUACUCAUUAACUGGUAGCAGACGUACAGCAAGCACCAGUUUGCCAAUGGCAAUGCGUUUUAGACAUUUGAGAGAGACGUCAAAGACAUCUGUUGGUGUAUUUCGGUCAGAUAUACAUGGUCGAGGCUUGUUUUGUCUACGGGACAUAGAGGCCGGGGAAAUGGUGAUAGAGUAUGCUGGAGAGGUCAUUCGUAACACACUCACCGAUAAUCGAGAAAAGUAUUAUCAAUCCAAAGGCAUAGGCUGUUAUAUGUUCAAAGUUGAUGAUAACUUCACAGUCGAUGCCACAUUAAAGGGUAAUGCUGCAAGAUUCAUCAAUCAUUCUUGUGAGCCUAACUGCUAUUCCCGUAUUGUUGACAUCCUUGGGAAGAAGCAUAUUAUUAUUUUUGCAUUCCGACGCAUCCCUCAAGGUGAAGAGCUGACAUAUGACUACAAGUUCCCCAUUGAAGAUGAAAAAAUUCACUGUCAUUGUCUUGCUCGGCGGUGCAGAAAAUACCUCAACUAAAUAAUGUGUCCCUUUUUUAUUUUUAUCAGUCCAUUUGCGGUUUGCUUUAGAAGCAAUUUAAAAUUUUUUACCCACUAUGAGAAGGUUUUUGACUUUCUGUAAUCAUGUGUAGAAAGCAAUGUUUCAUAUUUUGUUUAGCCCUGGCAAUAUCUUCUAGUUGAAGAGUUCAAUUUUAUCAAACUGAAUAACAGCACAAACAUCUUAAAUCAAGGACAAACAAUUUUGUCCAAUUUUGAUCUACUUAAACCACAUGCUAAUAUAUAUUAACAGAACUUUUACUGCGUUUAAAUGUUGCUUAGCCAUGUAAAGUUUUAAAAUUCAGCCAUAAAGCAACUAAGAGAGUGUCAAAUUUUGUCUGAUUGAACUCUAUUGUGUUAAGAAUACAUAGCUUUUAAGUUCAUUUUUUCAUUAACAAAAUUAGUGAAAUGAGCUGAAAAAUGCUUCCAUUAAUUUCUUGUCAUCAAGUCACUAGUCCUUUUUUUUUUUUAGCCUUGGUAAAUGUUACUUAUCUGAAAUGGAUUGCUUUUCUUUGACAGCUUAUGCUUUAUCUAUUGUUCCUAAGUCUUGUUAGGUCUUGUUCUCUUUGUAAAAGAAUCUUUCCUACUCUAUAAUAACAUAUGCUGUCAUUUGCCACCAUGUGCAGAAUACUAAUUGAUAUUUGUGCCAAUUAAUGCAAAAACCAAAUAUUACUAACAAAUUGCUUACCACUACUGGCUUUAUCUCAUUUAUGUAUUUCAAGCUUAGGGUAGAAAUUGAGUCACGACUAUUUACAUAUGUACGUAGGUUUUUAUUAGAUACUUUUUAAUGGUUAAUUAGUUUGACAAAGCCUUUUGGUGAAUUCUUGUCAUUGUUUUUAUUGUGUGGAUCUAGUUGUAAAUGCUAACUUUUGUUUUACAACUGACAAAAAUGUCACAAUCAAUUGAGAAAUUUCCCAUUUUUAAACUGUAAAUUUUUGUUUGUAUUUCAAAUAUGAGCUGACCUAUUCCCUCAUUAGAAAUGAAAGUUUAUUUUUAUAAUCUAUCUUUGUUUGGUGUUUAAUUAAACAUUGGUUGUGCUUCUAAAAAUAAUGACGAAGUUUAUCUUACAAAAUCGUGAUAAGGUAGAUAGAUACCUACUUGUUUAAGAAUUUGUCACAAAGAUCUCCAUAUUUUCUGUCAAAUUUGGGUUUACCUUUUUGAUUGUUGUUUAAUGUUGAGUAAAUUGAUGUGCAUGGACAUGUCUAGAUUUUUGAAAGAAUAUUAAUUAUGGUUACAAAUGUGAUUUGUUGCUGAAAAGAAAGCUGUGUUUUCUUUUUCAAAUUUUCUCUAUUUGGUGUUGUGAUAAGUUAGGAUUUUGUGUGAUUAACAAGCCUGUAAUAUUUCAUUCGAAUCCAUAUAUAUAUUUUGCCUUACUAGAAUAGUGCUGUUACCUGUAUGUGUUUUGUAUAAGAGCAUCUUGUAAUUUGGCUGCAAUAUUUGAAUUGCUUUAAGUAACAGCUCAAACAUUUGCAUUAUACUACAAAUUAACAUAGUUCAGUAGUUUUUCUAUAAGUUUUGUUUUCCUUGCCUGUCCUUCCUCACCCUCUUUUUUAGUUAAAUCUUGUGAAAAUGCGUCAGUUGCAAUUAGGAGUAAACCCAGCACCAAUAGAAAAGUACCGUAACUAUAUCUCUACUUAUACCUUUCUAAUUAUCUGAUUAUGUAUUACCAACUUCUUUAGAUGUGAAGUAUGUGAUAUAGCAUAUAUUUUGUGAAUACUUUUAUUUAUAUUGUGUGAGUUACUUGUAUGUUACUUGUAUUAAUGUGACGUGCAAAUUUUAGUGUCAUGGCUGUGAAAUGGCAGUUAUUUGUGUACAGUUCAGUUUCAAGUGUAACCCAAGUCACCAUUUCUAUUUUAUUUAUUUUUCCACCUUUCUUGUUUAAGAUUCUUCUUUUAUUUUGUGGCCCUUUCCCCCUUCUGCGCACUCUGUUUGAUUUUGUGUAUCCCUGUGUUUCCAUGUCCCAACUUUCUAAGUUGCCAUUUAAAAUAAAAUAACUUUUAAAAGGGAUCUUAGCUUACAUGUCUGAUAACUGUAUCAUCUCACCUGUAUUUUCAGACAUUAAAUGUACCUACAUUUUAUUGAA